AGAGACGCCAAAGCUGGAGCUAGCCGGACGGGUCGCUCCUGCUCUCCGGGGAGACUAUCUGGCCGGCCCCGGAGAAGGGGCGAGCCCCGCGCGCUCCAGAAGGACGAUCGGGAGCCCAGCAGCCCGCCGAGGGCUCGGAGCCCGGCUCCCCUCCUUUCCACCUCAGGAGAAAGGGCGGGAGGGAAGGAGGGGAGGGGAAGAUCCCUCCGAGGAGGCGGAAUGGCCGGUCGCAGGGGGCUCGGGCGCUGCUUCUUCCCAGAGCUGCCUCCACGCCCGUGGCAGCGGAGAGGACUGCCCUGAGCCCGGGCUCCGGGUUCCCCAGUGCCAGCCAGCGCGGCCCCCUCGGGGCUCCGGCAGCAGCGCCGGCAUGUCGUCCGGCACGAUGAAGUUCAAUGGCUAUCUGAGGGUCCGCAUCGGAGAGGCUGUAGGGCUGCAGCCCACCCGCUGGUCCCUGCGGCACUCGCUCUUCAAAAAGGGCCACCAGCUGCUGGACCCCUACCUGACGGUGAGCGUAGACCAGGUACGCGUGGGCCAGACCAGCACAAAGCAGAAGACCAACAAACCCACCUACAACGAGGAGUUCUGCGCCAAUGUCACCGACGGCGGCCACCUGGAGCUAGCCGUCUUCCACGAGACGCCCCUGGGUUAUGACCACUUUGUGGCCAACUGCACGCUGCAGUUCCAGGAGCUGUUGCGCACGGCUGGUACCUCGGACACCUUCGAGGGCUGGGUCUCAUAGUUCCAGUGAGGAGAUAAAUUGGGGAUGGAAAACCCAUAAACAACACUAGCCAGGAAAUUACAGCAUGGAGGCCGGUCGUCAGGUAUUGGUGGAUCUGGAGCCUGAGGGGAAAGUGUUUGUGGUAAUAACCCUAACAGGGAGUUUCACUGAAGCCACUCUCCAGAGAGACCGCAUCUUCAAGCAUUUUACCAGGAAGCGCCAAAGGGCUAUGCGAAGACGAGUCCAUCAAGUGAACGGACAUAAGUUCAUGGCCACGUACCUGAGGCAGCCCACCUACUGCUCUCAUUGCCGAGAGUUCAUCUGGGGAGUAUUUGGGAAACAGGGUUAUCAAUGCCAAGUGUGCACCUGCGUCGUCCAUAAACGCUGCCAUCAUCUAAUUGUUACAGCCUGCACUUGCCAAAACAAUAUUAACAAAGUGGAUGCCAAGAUUGCAGAACAGCGGUUUGGCAUCAACAUCCCACACAAGUUCAACGUUCACAAUUACAAGGUGCCCACGUUCUGUGACCACUGUGGCUCCCUGCUCUGGGGGAUAAUGCGACAAGGACUUCAGUGUAAAAUAUGUAAGAUGAAUGUACAUAUUCGGUGUCAGGCGAACGUGGCCCCAAACUGCGGGGUGAAUGCCGUGGAGCUUGCCAAGACCCUGGCAGGGAUGGGUCUCCAACCCGGAAAUAUUUCUCCAACCUCGAAACUCAUUUCCAGGUCGACACUAAGACGGCAGGGAAAGGAGGGCUCCAAAGAAGGAAAUGGGAUCGGUGUUAACUCUUCCAGCAGAUUCGGCAUCGACAACUUUGAGUUCAUCCGGGUGUUGGGGAAGGGGAGCUUCGGGAAGGUGAUGCUUGCCAGGAUAAAGGAGACAGGAGAACUGUACGCCGUGAAGGUGCUGAAGAAGGACGUGAUUCUGCAGGAUGAUGAUGUAGAGUGCACCAUGACUGAGAAGAGGAUCCUGUCCUUGGCCCGCAACCACCCCUUCCUCACCCAGCUCUUCUGCUGCUUUCAGACUCCAGACCGUCUGUUCUUUGUCAUGGAGUUUGUGAACGGAGGCGACCUGAUGUUCCACAUCCAAAAGUCCCGUCGUUUCGAUGAAGCCCGUGCUCGUUUCUACGCCGCGGAGAUCAUUUCUGCACUCAUGUUCCUACAUGAGAAAGGUAUCAUCUAUAGAGACUUGAAACUGGACAAUGUGCUAUUGGACCACGAAGGUCACUGUAAACUGGCCGACUUUGGAAUGUGCAAGGAGGGGAUUUGUAAUGGGGUCACCACAGCCACCUUCUGCGGUACACCCGACUACAUUGCCCCGGAGAUCCUUCAGGAGAUGCUGUAUGGACCUGCAGUAGACUGGUGGGCCAUGGGUGUGUUGCUUUAUGAGAUGCUGUGCGGACAUGCGCCCUUUGAGGCUGAAAAUGAAGAUGACCUUUUUGAGGCCAUACUGAAUGAUGAAGUCGUCUACCCCACCUGGCUCCACGAAGAUGCCACAGGGAUCCUCAAGUCUUUCAUGACCAAGAACCCCACCAUGCGCUUGGGCAGCCUGACUCAGGGAGGAGAGCAUGAGAUCCUGAGACACCCUUUCUUUAAGGAAAUCGACUGGGCCCAGUUGAACCAUCGCCAGUUAGAGCCGCCUUUCCGACCUAGAAUCAAAUCCCGAGAAGAUGUCAGCAAUUUUGACCCAGACUUUAUAAAAGAAGAGCCCGUCUUAACUCCGAUUGAUGAGGGACAUCUUCCUAUGAUUAACCAGGAUGAGUUUAGAAACUUUUCCUAUGUGUCACCGGAAUUGCAACUGUAGCCUUAUGGGGAGUCAGAACCAAAGGGGAAGGUGGAUUUCUCCAGGAAUUUCUUCUGUGGGAAUUCCCUAGCAUCCGCCUUAGAACACCAGCUUCACCUUCAUGGAGCAAAAUGUUCACAACUCUGCAAAGGGCGGAGCCUCAAGAGAGCUGCUCUCUCAAGUCCCCAGGAGCCAUGGUACAUUUCAGUAAUCGAUACUGAGAUAAGAUGUUACAAAGAUGUGCACUGCUCAACCCAUGAGUCUCCAGGGCUCUUUCAGGCUUGGAGGAAAGGACAGAAGCCAAAGGAAGAGAUGCUGGGAAGGAUACAGGAGAUCCUAGGGAUUAUAAGCCAAACAGGCUUCCUUUUUUUUUUUAACUUCAAGAGACAAAUCUACUUUCUGUGGAGCACUCUACACUCUUCUUUAAGCCAAUAUUUCAGUCUACAAAAGAUUAAAUGUUGAUGAAGAAGUCUCUCUAGGGAAAAGAACGGCAUUCUAAGUAGAAGGAUGCGCUUUGAAGAAACUGCAGAUGGGCGUCCUUCAAGCUCCCAACCUAAACCCAGUGUUGAGAGCGGAGGUUGGACACCACGACAACCGUCAGUGUCUUGAGUCUCUUCCUCUUCCUUUCAGUAACUAGAUAUUUAUUGAGUGUCAAAUAAAAAGGUGCCAUAAUCUUCAGUAGCGUACACAGUAGAGUCAUGACGCUUUUACACAUCCUGGGGUCCACCCAAUGGUGUUCACGUUUUGGGAAAGUCCUCUCCACAUUGCAUAGGUCUGUCUUCUUUGUCUCCUGUUCAUAGAAGGGCCACCACCACAGUUGUGCGGUCAGCAGGCAGGCUUCUGUUGCAUGCCACCCGAGGACUGGUGGAAGCGAAUCACCCGCACAUACUUCAUCUCGGGCUGACUCGUUGGUGAAGAACUCUGCACUGUUCCCAUCCAUGAACACGUGUGUGGCGGAUCCUCCAGUCAGUCUAUUUAAGUUAUGUUUUCAGAGACAAAGAAGGUUGUUUGAUAUACACAUUAAUAAUUAACAAUGGGCCUUGCAAACAAGGCUGACGACAAAGGUGUACCUUUUCGUGUGUAACCAUAUAUACAGUUGAAAAGUUUUAUCUGGCUGAAAAUAAAGGCAUUUUUGUAGCAAAAGGAAA